GGCAGCGCCACAAAACGGUGCGGCCUGGACGAGCGCGGCGCCGGGCCAGCCGUACCAAAGACGCGCGUGGGCGUGCGAAAGCGGGUGGACAGCCACGACCUAGCGUGAGCCCGCUGCUAUUUGCUUGGGCAGCACACCCAGAGGGGCAGCCUCCCAGACCAUGUCCCAGCUCGCGGGCUACGCGGGCCGCGCCGUCACGCUCGCGGACCUGGAGCCGCGCUCGACGAGCGCGCCCCUCGGCGAGCGGCGCCCGACGGUAGUCGAGCCCGCGGCGAUCCCGUCCACGCUGCUCACGUACGACGGGAACGAAGAAAGUAGGAGCGACGCCUACGGCAAGUUCGCCGCGACCAUCUUCCCCGACGUCGAUCCGAAAAAUACGGGACGAGCCCUGCAGCGCUCGCUCAAGAAGAAGAAGAAGACGAGGCGGCCGGCCCAGACUCAAUUAACGAUCGGAAGCGUCGCGAGCGAGGCGAGCAAUGCGCGGGGGGCGGGCAAGGCCCUCUCCCGCAAGUUCGAGGACGCCAUGAGCAUCGCCGACCAGAGAGAUCCGAGAGACAAGAGUAUCGGCGAGACGCUCGGGCGAUUGGCGCGGCAGAACCGCGACGCCCCCGAGGCGGCGCGCGACUACCUCGAGUGCUGCUCCGCUGUCGCUAAUGCCUUUGCUGAACGGAAGAAGCUCUCCGCCGAAGCAGAGGCGGACGCCGCUUCAGCACAAUCGAUGGGCGUCACCUCACACUUAUGGAAAAAUGCCAGAGACGACCUCGGCGCCUGCGUGUUCGAGCAGAAGUGGGCCGACCAGGUCUGUUCUGAACUAGUGGCUCAAGUCACGGUCGGUUGCCUGGAGCACGGCAGAUUGGUCGAUUCUCUGAGAGAGCGGUUCGGCAGCGUCUUCGAUCGCGUCUGUAGGUUGCAUUCGGAUGCCUUGUGGCAACUUGAUAAAGCGUGCGGCGAGAUCUCUUCUUCGAAGGAUAGAAUUGAAGAAUUAGAGCAAUUACGACGAGACGACAAGGUCAACCUUGAGAGAGAAAAGCGGGAGGCCCUCCAGGACGCGAACAACAACCACUCUGAUCAACUACUAGAACUUAAUAAAAAAGACAACGAGCAACGACAGGCCAACCGGAAGCUGAAGGAGACCGUCAAAAGUCUGAACGGCAUCUUUCAGGACAUGCAGCGCGACAAGGACCUGGUGAACAAGGGUGAUAUGAGGAACGUCAUGCGGGGCCAGAAGGAAGAACUAGCUGCAUUGCGGGAGGAGGUCGAGGAGCUACGCCAUUGCAAGAAGGAUAGUAUGAGAGUACCGGUCCUCGAGAAGACGAUCCAGUCCAUGCACCGCGCCCAAGAAGCGCUGGAGGCCAAACUCAAGGAUCGGGAAGCGAUCGUGGCCAUGUACCAGGAGAAGGAGGCCGCUAAGUUGCGCGAGGAGGAACUUGCGAAAGAGCGCCAGGCGCAGAAGGAAGGCGAAUUGGCCGCUCUGGAACGAGACGGGCAUUUAGAAAAGGAGCCCGAGGAAGAGCUCGACGAUGCGGAAGAAGAUCCGCUGGCCAAUGUCCUAUGCAUUAAAUGUGGGAAAUCUUUAUCUGAUAUGGCCAAUAUACGGGAGGCUAUAGUAGGACCGGAGCCGGAGCCGCCUCGUUUGGUGUGCCAUGGGUAUCGACUGCUCCUACCUCCUCUUGGUGGUGAAAGACCACCUAGGUCGAUCACGUGGGUGCGGCGGUGUAUGCGGGCCAUCAUCGGUGCUUUGCUGAGGGAUCAUGCCUCGCACGGUCCCCAGCAGGAGGGACGCGCGAGGUUUCCCGAAUUUGCGUAUGCCUUCUUCGAGCCGCCUCGGAAAUAUCUUGAUAGUCUACAUAGCACUGAGAGGCGCGAAGCGAUCAAAGUGGCCGAUGACGACCGGUGGGGCCUCUACUACGGCGCGAAGAUGUUAAGCAGAGAAUCGGACGAAGCCAAGUUAUUCUGGAGUUUACUUGAUGAGUCGCACGGUGGGGACUUCCUCGCGUUUUAUCUCUACUGUAACGAACUCAUCCAGACCACCGCCGGAGUGGUCCUAAAUGCCCAGGGCUGCGUCUUCGCGAACACAUAUUAUGAACUCAAGGAGAAAGUCAAGGAGUUCGAAGCGCACGCGAAGAUGCGUAAAAAGGUCGGGGCGAACCCCGCGGACCCGCCGUGGGACCGCCUCGCGGCCAUUUCCGACGCCGACGCUUUGGCUUUAGGAGGCCAGCAGUGCGUCUGGCUGCCGCUGGUGGACGCGCUCGAGGCCACGGAGAAGGUGCUCCAGAAGGGCAACCCUCGGCUACGGGAGGGCGCUCUCAAAGCCACUCGAGAUAUCGCCGUGGAGGCGGAAGGGCGUAGCAGCAAGUGGGGCGCCAAGCAGUUAGAAUGCGUGGACAUGGCGCUCUGGCUCAGAGUGCUUACGCAUCUGUAUCGGGAGGAGCAGGCCCAUCGGAGGGCCGCGGUGAGGUUGAUGUUCGAAACCGCGUUAGCAGGGACCAUAGCGGUCCACGCGCCGGACUACGGCACGGGUCGUACUCCAGAAGCACCGGAGCGCAACGACGACCCGAAGGCGCCGCCGCCCUGCGUCGAUUUACCACAGUUCGUGGCGAUCGUCCGUACGUUACUUCCAGACGCGUCGACGACCUACGCUGCUGCCUUAUACCGAGAGGCCCACGAGGCCUCCAAGGGCAACGUGGACUAUGAAGUAUUUUUAGAUACGUGCGAGAAGCAGCGCUUCUUCGCGCGGGCGCUGGCUCUACCGCACCAUGCGAGGAGUCCGAGAGACUUCCCGCUGCCGUUGGAAGCUCGCAGACAAUUGGGAGGCCUCGUCCAGAUGCGCGCGCGCAUGAUGUCUAAUCUCAUGGACCGCGUCGAAGGGACGCUGGCGGACCACGCGCGGUCGCGCUUCAAAUUCUUAAGGGCUCAAUUCGACACCGCGUUGGAAGUCGCUUCCGAUAAUGCCGUGGGCGACGUCGACGGGAUGCAGCCGCUCGCGGCCUACCGGCGGUUAUUGCAGUUAUGCAUUGAUCACCGAUUGCGAUCUUAUGAGUUAGGAAGCGACUACCCGGAGGGUUCGGGCUGCGGCGGCUUCGCGAAGCGGCUCUACACGAACCAGAUGACGCCCGGUGAUUUUGUGAUGAAUAUUCUGCAAGAAUUGCGAUCUAUGGAGUUGGUUUUAGUGGAUUUCAAGGAACCCCAAGCGUGGACCAUGGUCCAGCGUUUGCAAACCACUUUGGCAGUUAGUCGGGUGAACAAGAGCUGGAAGCGGAGGCAGGAGCGGGAAAACGGCGCGCCGCAGUCGAUUAGACUAAGGAUGCGCAAGGGCUACAUGAGUGGACGUGGUUCUAUUAAGGAGCGGGAGAUCCGGCGGCCUUCGUCGGACAUCUUGGGACGGGUUGGACUCAUAUACGAGUGGUGGUUCAUGCUCCAGACGAAUUUUGUCGACGUGGUGCACGGGUACCACCUCCAGCGCUUCGGGGUCGCGUCACUGGCAGAAAGAGAACUGCACGACCUGUUCCUGAACUGCCGCGAGCGUAGCGGUCUAUUACCGCGUUUGCGCAUCUUCUGCCUGUUGGCCGGUGUGCGCCAGGGUGAUCUGCCCGCCGUCUCGUUCUUGCAGCCCGGCUCGCUGGGCAGCACGCUCGAUCUCCUCGCCGACGCGAAGGCGCGGCAGGAGAACACCAUCCAACGGCGAAGCGGAGACGCCCUCGAGUUCUACGUCAACGCUAUACUGUUGAUAAGAAAGAACUGCGACCUGGACCCGGACGGGCCCCUCUUCCCCGAGACGCACGCCUCGGGCACGGACGCCAACAGGUGCGGCUUCUGGCUCGCGCCCUUGGAGCUGCUGGAGAAGACGGCGCACCAGUUGUUAGAUGCGAGGCUAGGAGAAAAUUCAAGGGAGAUGGAUAUUAUUGUGGGCGAGAUGGAAUUACUGCGACAAUACGACGACCAGGGCGACGUCGACGCGUUCCUGCAUAUGUUGUUAAGGCACUGGGCCACGGCCGUCGAGGAUCGCGUCGAGAAGGCCGCGGAGGCCGUGAAGCCGCCUCAACCAAAGGAGGAGGACGACAGUGCACAAACGGUGUCGGUGGGCGCGGCCGAGGCGUUACGGUCCACCGAGGGCUUCGCGCGGACGCGCGUCAUCUUGGGCGUGGCGGAGGAUUCCGAGGAUGCCCUCGCAGUCGAGAGGCAGCGCUUCGCGAACGCCCGUGCGUAUGGUCAGGCUUUGAUCGCCAUCGAGGGCGGCGGCGCGGUCAAGGAAAAGCUCAGCGAGGAGGCCGCCUGCGCCGCCGCUCUCGAAAAGACGGCGCGCGGCGACAUGUCCGGCGCGUGGGUGCGGACCCGAAGUGCCCCUGCCACUGGGCAGCUGUUCUUCGACGCUCAAAGUGCUGCCACACAGCUAUUACAAGCGUGGGACGCCUACCAGCAGGUCAUGGCGGACUUCCUGGACGAAUUUGAAGUGUCCUUCAUGGAGGGGUAUGAGGGCGAGGUCGAAAAGACGCGGGGCUUUGUCUACGAAGCGAACAUGGCCCUCGACAAGCUCCGGAAGGAGGACUGGAUGAGCGGCACGACGGUGGCGUUGUUCCAGGUCAUGAACGGGGCCUGGGGCCGCGCGCGGGACGCCUUCGACGCGGUCCACGCGCUGCGGAGCGCGCAGGCGGCCCACGUCGCGCGGCAACUGUCCGAAGGGAGGUGUGUGGAGGAGGAGCUCGACGCCGAUUUGGUACCGGUUGCGGGCUGGACCGCGGCGCUCGAGUUCCUGCGCGACGCGUGGGUCCUCGGGUCCUCUUCCAAGGUGGUGCCCGUGGCGCGGGCGAUCGACCUGGACGCCGUUGCUAAGGCUGCUGGGGACUCGGAUGGGUAAUCUUCUUUUCCGAUGC